AUGUCCCGAAAUGAGAGCCCGUUCGAUAUGCAAAUCAAGCUGCUUAUGAUCGGAGACAGCGGCGUGGGCAAGACGUGCCUGUUGCUGCGCUAUGCGAACGACUCAUUCUCUCAGACGUUCAUCACCACAAUUGGCAUCGACUUCAAGAUCAAAAACAUCGACCUCGACUCGAAGCGAAUCAAGCUGCAAAUCUGGGACACGGCGGGGCAGGAGCGCUUUCGCACCAUCACCACCUCCUACUUCAGAGGUGCACAGGGAAUCCUUCUGGUUUACGACGUGACGGACAAGAAGUCCUUCAACUCCAUCCGGAACUGGGUCGCGCAAAUCCAGCAGCAUGCGGACGUUGCCGUAAACAAGAUUUUGAUCGGCAACAAGUGCGACAUGGAUGAGGACCGGGAGGUGAGCAGGGAGGAAGGGGCGCAGCUGGCAGCCGAGUACGGUAUCCAGUUCUUCGAGACUAGUGCGAAGAACGAUAUCAACGUCGAGAAGGGGUUCAUCACCAUAGCGAGGGAGGUGAAGGACAGGCUCAUGGCGGACGGCCCCAACCCGGGCUCUCGUGCCGCGGGCAACGUUAACCUCAACGCACAAGCCUCGAAGAAAAAGACGGGCUGCUGCUGA